CGACGGCCUUGGGCCUAUAAUGCUGGAAUGAAUGGGCCGCGCCCCUCGAAUCGCGUGUUCCUCUCUGAUCUUUCUUCUCUACAGGCGGACUCGAAGGUUCGCUUUCUUGGCUGUGUGAGGCAUUAUACAAUUGCCACUGGCCAUCUGGUUCUGGAACACAACUAUCCACGCAACAAAGCAGAGUUCGGUUCUGUAUCUGUCGAUAUCAAUGCAGUCCUUGAGGACCUGACUGCUGAAGAACUGCGUGUGGGGACGUGGUUGAAUGUGCUGGGUUAUGUGAGAGAGUCUCUGCCGCCAUCGUCUUCUUUUUCUUCAACGCCCGAGUCGAAGCAGUCCAGUGAUACAACCACCGGUCCUGUCACGGUUCCCUCUCGCCCGGUGCAUGUCGAGGCUGUUGUGGUGUUCCCAGCUGGUGCCAUUGCUCUCGGAGAGUAUGAGAGGAUCCUUCGCAAUUCGCAGGAUGUGGAGCGUAUGAUACAAGUUACCAAUUGAGAUACCAAGCGGUGAAGACAAUAUAAAAACAAAAGCCAUAAUAUUAUUUACCUGGACACGGCUUCACAGGCCACUGAU